CGUAGCGCGGAGGCUUUGGCUGUUUAUUGUUCCUUCUUCAGCACAGACAGAGAAAAACAGGCUAACAAGCUGCCAGCUACCUUUUUCGAACGGUUCACGGUCAGUUAAACGAAGGUGUAACGGUCUAGACAAUUGACUGUACAACCCAGGGGCCAUGGCGUAUGCGUACCUCUUCAAAUACAUCAUCAUCGGAGACACGGGUGUGGGGAAGUCAUGUCUAUUACUACAGUUCACAGACAAGAGGUUUCAGCCAGUUCACGACCUCACCAUUGGUGUGGAGUUUGGAGCGAGGAUGAUCACUAUAGAUGGCAAACAGAUCAAACUGCAGAUCUGGGACACGGCUGGUCAGGAGUCGUUCCGGUCCAUCACCAGGUCUUACUACAGAGGAGCUGCAGGAGCACUGCUAGUCUAUGACAUCACAAGAAGGGACACAUUCAACCACUUGACGACCUGGUUAGAGGAUGCUCGCCAACAUUCCAACUCAAAUAUGGUCAUCAUGCUCAUUGGCAACAAGAGUGACCUGGAGUCAAGGAGAGAGGUGAAGAAAGAAGAAGGUGAAGCAUUUGCCAGAGAACACGGCCUCAUAUUUAUGGAGACCUCAGCCAAGACUGCCUCUAAUGUAGAGGAGGCUUUCAUCAACACAGCCAAGGAGAUCUAUGAGAAGAUCCAGGAGGGGGUGUUUGAUAUCAACAAUGAGGCUAAUGGUAUUAAGAUUGGACCCCAGCACCCUACCACCAACUCCACACUGACCGGUAGCCAGGGAGGCCAACAGGCUGGAGGGGGCUGCUGCUGAAGCCUCAAAACACACCUCCUCCUCCUCCUUCAACCCCAGCCCUUCCUCCUCCUCCUCCUCCUCCUCAUCGCCCUCUCCGACCCUUCCUUGCAUUUCUACAGAACUGUCCAGGCUCACUAACAGUUUGUUAACCUCUCUCUCUCUCUUUCUCUCUCUCUCUCUCUCUCUCGCUCUCUCUCUCUCUCUCUCUCUCUCUCUCUCUCUCUCUCUCCCGCUCCAUUCUAUCAUCCAUCCCUCCCCCUCUGUGUCUUUUUCUCUCUCUCUUUCAGCCAUGUCUUUCCUAAGUCUCUUGACCAUACCUAGGGGUCUAGAGUCUGUGUUCUCAUAAAUCAGCCUGACUUCCUGCAGUCUUAUGAGGAUAGAGUCAGCUUCACCUGCAGAUGUGCCCACUAAAUUCUCAAGUUUUACAGUUCACUUUUUUUUUUGUUUUGGUUAUAUAAACAGGUUUUAAUCUUUUUAUUUAAAGGCAUCGAUGUAUCUUAAUCCAUGAGGAUGAUGUUGGGAUAAUUCAGAACCUCAAAAUCAUAAAAAACAAAACAAAACGACAACUAUAUUUUCAGUAACGGUGAGGUGACUUUGUCCAGACAGAGACAGGAUUGUGGGGAGAGAUUAAACACACUCUGAGCAACUGAUGAUAUGGAAUAAAGCAGGCGCUGUGUUGUGUCUGUACACACAUUUGUACAUGUUUGUAAAGGAAAUUACACAGCACGUUGACAGCAGGACGUGUCUCUGCAUGUUGAGUCAGUUUUCAUGCUGUGCCUGUGUGUGUAUGAUGAUAUAGGUAUUCCAGUAUGUCAGGUUGUAAGAUGGAGGAGGCGUUCAAGUCACUCUGUGUUUUCUGUCCAUGAAAGAAUGUGCAAAUGGUGUCAUUUUGUGCGUCCUUUCCCUAUUUUUCAUCAUGUUACUUUGUUCUUGCUCUGUCUUUGUGUCCUCUUUUUUUUUUUUUUUUUGUUGCGGAUGAUUUGUAUUUAAUGAACACUACAAACUGGUUGUGGCUUAAAAAAAAAGUGUUUUAAAUUGUCUCUGGGGAGGGAAUAAAAAGACCAAACUGUUGAGUGUGAAAAUAGAUCCUUUUCAGAAAUGAUACAAAAGACAAGCAGGACAGUCAAAGAAACAUGAGGGGAUGUUGAGAGCAGUGGCUGCCAUUAUGAAAUUAAUGAAUAAAAAGGAACACAGAUUGGAAAUCAAAACUCCUUUUUUUUUUGUAAACUGUAUUUAUCAGGCAUAUUUCUGUGUAUAUAUGGCUCUUCAGGUUUCUGUAGCUUUUAUUAUUUUUUUUUUCUGCUGUUCAGGCUGGAGCUUGGCACAUUGUUGUGGUCUAAUUAUUUCUUUACCAGGGCUUGUUUUGGUCCUCCAAGCAGCUUUUUACCAUUUCUAACAGUUGUCAUUUAAACCCAAAGGUACCGAGCCACCCUGUUACAUUAGGGUUGGAGGUGCCCUUUCUUUUAAAUGAUGAAAAUGAAUGAUAACAAGGUGUUAACGUGACCGUACAGAGGCAUUGAAGGUCCCCGGUGGAGAACAGACUCUAACUGAAAAUGUCAAGGCUUCUUCCUUUUAAGCAAGUUCAUAUUUUUACCAUGAAUUAGCUGGCAGAUAGAUAAUGUAUACAGCUUAGAGCUUGGUCAACGACUGCUGCAGCGUAUUGUUUUCUUUUUUGCUUCCAGAUCGACGAUGUAAUAGGCGCCAUUUUAAAGUUAUGAUCAUAUUUCACUACUUCAGUUGCUUAUGGUUCAUCCCUCCCUCUCACCCCUCCCCCCCCCCCCUUCUUCUCUCUCUUUCUCAGACUGUGUGGUAAUAUUAGCUGUGUACCUGUUUUUAAUGCCAAAUUAUUGUUUACCUGUGUUUUGUCCAAAAAGUAAAAAGGAAAAAAAAAAAAGUCAAAAAAUUCAACUAAGCCCCUGUGAUCUGACCUGAGAUCAGCUGUCUGCCUUAACUCCACC